AGUAUACAGGCACCUACCCUGCCCACAAAAAAAUGUUCACAGUGUUUCAUGUAGAUUUCAGAUCUUGCUCUUGCAUAGUAUAAAAGCAUUAUGUUUUGUGUUUGGAGGAGGCAGAGUGGAACAUAUGUCACUAACAUUUUGAAGUUAGUGUGAACAAUGCAGACUUGAAAGUAGAUUUUUCAGAAACCUGAAAAAAAUCAAAACAGCAAACAAGAACAUUUCCUCUACAGAAACAAUAACUUUGUAAGAAGAAAUUGCACGAAACAUGGAAGGACAAAAGGGAGCCAUUUACAGUAAUGCAUCUGAAGUUAUAAGACAAACAAAAGCAGAACUGAAUCAAAAUGCCAUGACAGAGGAACAUCUGAUGAAACAAGCUGCAAAAGACAAGAAAAAGAAAGGCACAAAUAUCUAUGUUAAUUCAAUUUCAGUCAAAAAGUUCCAGGCAACAGCUAAAAAAAGAGCCAGCAGAAGAGCAGACGGAGGUAGAUUCAAGGAGUCCAACUCUCUGGAACCAGAAAAACAGCACUCUAGAAAUUACAGAGGUCCUAAACCAGCUCAUUGCAAGUGUCAUUGCUUUAUAUUCAUUACUUCCACAUUGUGCCUUUUGCUGGCAGUCUCAGUGGCGGUCCUAACUAUUUUGUUAAUUUCCAGUUACACAUCUUGUGAACUACCUGAGUGGAAGAUGAUGACCCAGAGGUGUAAAGAUUCAGAAAGCAAUGAGACAGGAAAAUGCUCACUAUGCCCAGAAAAAUGGAUCGGAUACCAUGGUAAAUGCUAUCUAUUUUCUGAUAAGGAGAUGAACUGGACAUCCUCCAAGAAAUUUUGCUCAGCACAUCAAUCAUCCUUAUUUACGGAGCAGCAGGAAGAAGCUGUGAAUUUUGCAAAGAAUGUAUCAAAACAAAUAUAUUACUGGACUGCAAUCACGAAAUCAGACAACACUUGGAUUUGGGAAAGUGGAAUUCCUGUCAAUACCACCAUUUUUCCAGUGAGCAUCAACACUGAGCAACAGAGAUGUGUCGCCAUUAAUUCGCUUGGCUUUUCAGCCUCUUCAUGUGGAACAGACUUGAACUUUAUAUGUAUAAAGGAUGCAUUUAGAAAUUUGCAUUAGAUCCAGACCACCGUUACAAUUAUUUGACUGUUCCAAUGGAUUUUUAGCCUCCCUGUGUACAGUAGAUGUUUAACUUUAUAUGUAGAAACAAUGCAUUUAGUAAUUUACAUUACAACCUGACUACAGUUACAAUUCUGUGUCUGCUUAUAAAAUAUGUGUUGCAAAAAAACAGUAAUUGUUACUCUAAGUGAAUGAAUAAGUAAAUAAAGGUGCAUUUGUGUCAUGAA